GCCCACUUCUACAAAGAAUUGAAACGAUAAGUGUCACGCAACGUUGUACCAGUUGACAUCGAAUAAGUUGGAGCUGCAAAUCAAAAUUUUCGUCUCGUAUCGUUAAAGAUUUGCUUUUCACAACUAAUUAGUAGUGCCUCAAUCAAAGAAGCAAAAGUAUAAGUUGGUUGAUAAUACUAGAACUCAAAAGAUUUAUCUGUAUUGGUCGCUCUUUUUUUGAAAAGAUCUAUCAGCGCCCUCUCUCUAAAUUUACCAUGUACAACAACUGGUGGUCGAGAUCGUGCUGUUCCUGCAUCGUCUAGCCAAGGACGCCAAAGCCGGUUGGCGUGAAGCUGAAGACCACUGCAUGAAUCAAGCUCGUCAUUGAUUCGUCGAGUCCCUCGAAAAAGAAAUCACUAUGAACCGCCGGGCGCAGGCCAAGCAGCGGGUGGAGGCCAAGACGAAAACAACCGCUUCCACCUCGCCCGAGAAACUACCCGCUAGUGCUGGCGGUCAAGAACCACCUCCUGCGGCCGAAGCUGCACAGCUCUCUUCAGCUGCCCCAGCCGAGGACAAUAAACCUCCAGGAGAUGACACCACCGGGGAAGGGGCUCCAACCGCGCCCGCGGAAGAGGUGGACCAGCACGUGAAAAUACCUGCCGAUGGUCCAACCACUGCAGCUGCAUCAACAGGCGAUGAAAAGGUCCAGUCCGCGGAGCAGGGGAAACUACACGAAGAUUCCGCCUUACCGGGAGAUCAACCUCCUGAGGAAAACAACAACGCCGAAGAUGAUGAAGAUCAGUCGCCCGUCGAGAAGCUGGACACCCGGCAGCAAUUCCGGGCGAAAUUUAAAACCCGCGAAGAAUUCAUUGAAGCGCGGAACCGGCAGCGGCAGGAGGCGAAGCUGUCCAAAAUCACCGAGGACGGAGAGCUGGUUCCCUGGCGCACCGCCACGCCCGAGCGGAUCGGGCGGGCGAGUCAGGCGAUCGGCCUGCAGUUGUACUUCAUGUUCUUAAAAGGCAGCGUAUCCACAGUAAAUUUCCCGUAAACGUACAACUACAAAUGCGAUUUCUGCAUGACAAAACUUGCCGUCAAUCCUAUUCAGCAUGACAAGCGACACACUCUGCUACAUUGGCGAAAUUUGUCAUGCAUUUUGUACCUGUUGUACAGGAAGUUUGUAUUGUAUACAUCGCUAAGUGGCUCGCGAUCUGGGUGUUGCUGGUUUCCCCGAUUCUGUACAUCGCGAUGCAAGACGAUUCCCCGGACGACGAAACACUGGAGGUGGGCGGACUGGCACUGUUUUCCCUCGCGAGCUUCGGCGAGCAGUCCGACAAGACGAAGUCCGGCGGGACAAGGCGCGUCACGAUUUUCGGCACGCAAUACCGCAUGGCCGACGUCACACCGGUGCUGUCCUGGCUGGCGGCCGCCGGAGCGUUCUUCUACUUCAUUUUCUGCGUCUAUUUCGAAAAGCGGGUGGUGGCUUCCGCGGAGGAGGAGCUCGAUAAGCAGGCGGUAACGCCCGGGGAUUUUACGGUCAUGGUGGAUUUCAUUCCCUACGAGCUCUUUGAAAACGGCCGGACCGCGGACGCCGGUUUUUCCCAGGUCGCGCCGGAAUACAGUCUAGGGGCAGGAGGAGACGAAAUCACCGAGGGAGAUAAUGUAGUACGCGAAGACGCCGGUGGUCAUCAAGGUCAUCCAGCAAAAAAUCUGAAGAGGCGCUCGUUUACGCGAGAACGGUGGGCGACGUUCCAGUUCGGAGCGGGAAUCGGAAAGGGAAUCAACAGCAAUGCAAAGGGAGCAGAUGCAGGACCUGGCGCAACGAAGAAGAAGUACUCUCCAACGGACCAAGACGAGCAGCAAGAUGGACAACCAGACAAAGGCUCACCGCACCAGGCAGCGAACAAAGACUCCGCUCCGGCCGGAAGUUUCGAGUUUGCUGGUACUACGAAGCAGGACACGAAGUUGACUACAGCGAGCACGAACGGAGGUAAGGAGUCGAACGUGGACGUCGCCAGCAUGGCCGCGAACAUGAGCGGAGAUGCAGAACAAGAAGUAACUACACCCCCGGAGGACCAGCAGACGGAUGAAAAGGAAAACAACAAGCUGAACAGCUCUAUACGCACGUCGAUUUCCUCCCUAGACAGCGACAUCGACAUCUAUUUCUUGAAAAUUAACCAUCCCCAUUCAAUUUGUCAUGCAAAACACGCACACAGUCCUUUGUUUGUCAUGCACAAAAUGGAUGGGGAUGGUUAAUUUUCACUGAAUAACAUCGUCCCGCCGCCCACCAACCCCUUCCACCGCGAGAGGUACGCGCUCGAGUUGAAGGCGCAUUUUGAAAACCUCCUCGUGCAAGAAAGGAGAAAGCGGCAGGAGGAGGGGUUUUUCACCCCACCGUUGGACCUUGGUCCGCCCACGGUUUGCGAUGUGAGCCUGGCCCGGGACUGGAACGGGUCGCUGCUGCAGUGCAAACUGCAGGCGGAGCUGGAGCAACAGAUCCGGGACGCCGAGCAGGACGGGAUUCUGUCGGAGAAAAAGAUCGAGAAGUUGCGGAAAAAGCUGAAAAAGAUGAACGCGAAGCAGAAGGAGUCCGGCGCACACAAAAUUCACCCGAACACACGCUACGUCAUGCGGGCGUACGUGACGUUCCAGCUGUCCUACGAUAAGGAGCUGUGCGAGUACCUCUACGCGAAGUCUAUGAAUCACUUCUGGCGUUUAGUUCUCCAAGCGAACGAAAAGCGGUUUUACACAAGGCCGCUGCGGGUUCUUCCUGCCCCGGAGCCGACCAACAUUCUGUGGGAAAACCAGGACCUGAUGCUGAAGGAGUACUUGCUGAAGAAAAUGGCGGUUUUUCUCCUCACGAUCUUCAUCCUUGGUGCCUGCGCGGUCGGGGUGUUGCAAACCAAAGUCGCCGCCGACAACAUGGCGGAGGACAGUUCUUCCGACGUCUGCGCUGACCCGGUCAUGAUGAACACGGCGCCAACGGGGAGUACCGAAGAACCCCAAACCAUCCCGUUUUCGGAACAGGUCGCCCGGGAAUUUCUCACCAACGUGACCACUCUCCACGCCUCCGGUUCGGGAUCCCAGUACGGCCCGGGCUUCACCGCGUGCCAGUGCGACAGCAUGGGAUUGGGCACGUUGGUGCAGGACAGUGAACUGCGGGAUGCGUGUGAGACGUACUUCUACGACACGAUUGCAGUGAUUCUGCUGGGUGUCGCGAUGUCCUUGGUGGUUGUCGUGUUGAACAUCGUGUUAAAGAACAUCCUGCUCGGGAUCACCUCCUGGGAGCGACCGGCGACAAUUUCACUGCUGGAAAAGGGGUGCGUGACGAAGGUCUUCCUGGCGCAGUUCGUCAACACGGCGUUAAUUAUCAUCCUGUUGAACGCCAAGCCGUUUCGGGACGUGUCGAUGAACCUGACGAAGGGUGAUUACAACGACUAUUCGCACCGGUGGUACGCCACCGUCGGCGCCGCGAUUGCGUUGACUCUCGCGAUCAACGUGUUUUCCCCGCACGGCAUCGACGUGGCGAAAUCGGGGCUGCAAAGGCUGAAGAUCUCCUGUUUGGCGAACUGCUGCGCCCGGUCGGAGCAGGAUCUGCAGGGUAUCUUCAAGCCCCCGGCGUUUGAGUACAGCGCACGGUGUGGUGCGGUGUUGAACACGCUGUUUACGACUUUGCUCUUCGCUCCCGGAAUGCCAUUGAUCUUGCUCUUCGCGCUGGGAAAUUUUCUCCUCUGCUAUCUCGCCGAUAAGUUCCUGGUUUUAUCCUUCUGCAAGCGGCCCCCCAGCUACGACGAAAAGGUGAUCAAGACCAUGAUUAGCUGGCUCCCCUACGCGUUUCUACUCCACGCGGUGAUGGGGGUCUGGAUGCUGGGGAACCAGGAAGUGUUUCCGUCGGAUCGCGUUUCCGUGUUUGAGUCGACCAGCGGCAGCGUGUUCAGCGUGUUCGUGAAGGACGUGCUGGGGGUCACUUUGAACGGAGGUGGUGUUGCUACAACUACGUCGGACGACGGUGGCAGUGCAACAUCAAGCGGAUCUUCAUCUAGUACCUCAGACACAACAUCAACCGCAGCACAAGAGGAGGACGUGUACACCGCAAGCACUUUGUUCUCCACCUUUAUCGACCGCGGGACCAGACGAGCGGGGUUGCCGUUCCUCUGCCUCUUUUUGUUGAUCUUCUACUACUUCGUCUUCUCUUUCGUGAAUUUGCUGCUGCGCAAUCUCCUCGGGAUCUUCUGCAACGCGUUCGCAGAGGCGAUGUUCAAACCCUCCGGCCACGGGGCGGAGUCAAAGGUGUCCCGCACGGGUUUCGCGGAAGAUGAGACCACCUUCAUGGAGCAGGUGGAAUUGUGGCGGAAGGCGAAAAUCUGCCCGGGGUACCAGCUGAAAGACCACCCGGAGUGGGAAAGUUUGUUGAAGGGAUUCGUGGAGGACGCGAGCUUGUUUGAUAAAGGAAAAGGAAGAAAAGUUUUGGAUGAGGAGGGAUUGGAAAAGGAUAUUGAGGUGGCGACACUGGAAACGGCAGACUUUUUUGAGGACGAUGAGGAAAUCUAUGAAGAUUUUUACUCCUCCGAAGACUUGACGUCGAUUGAUGACGAAUAA